GAUAGCGCUAGCCGCCUAGAAAAUAUUCAGGUGGAUUUGAUAAAGGGGAUUCCGAUGUGCCAUCAACCCAUCACAGGUAUCCCCACGCAUGCUUGGAAGAAGAGGAGAUAGGGGUGGUUGGACCUCGAGGGGCAUUCCUAUCCGUGGCCGUGGCCGUGUGCGUGGCUUCGGCCGGGGACGGGGUCCAUCCAACCGUCCGAUGACCUAUCCUACUGUGAAGCUAAAACUCACACACAAGGCGAAGAAAAUCCAUGUUGAAGCACCCGCCAAUGCCACCUUUGGUGACUUGAAGGUACUGGCCUCCCAGGAUACAGGGAUUCCACCUGAAGGCAUAAGCUUCCUGUUCCGGGGGCGCAAGAAGGCGGACAAUGAGGUGCUGUCGCUGGCAGGCGUCAGGAAUGGUGCCGAGGUAAAGAUAAUGGAGAACGAGCAGUACAGGCAGCAGAAGGCAGCAGAGCAGCCGGAGGAGCCUGCGGAGCCUGCGUUCCUGGCCUUCUCAGAGGCAGACGCUGCAGCAGCGAGGGCAGCGGCUGCCAAGGAGGCAGCCUUGCAGAAAACCCAGGUGUCUGUAAGAGAUCAGGCCCUCAGCGCGAUCGAGGGCAUCCGUCAGCAAGUGGAUGGCCUUGAACAGCAGGCAAAUGAGCUCAUGCAGCAGCAGCAACACGAUGGACCUGCAGGUAGCAGGACGGCAGCAGGUCUUAUAGAGACUCUGACACAGAAGCUGCUGGCGCUGGACAAUGUCCCAGUUGAGGGCGACCAGGAAGUGCGCCAGAAGCGUAAGGCAGAAAUCAACCGCAUCAACCAGCUGCUUGACAGGCUGGAGAGCCACCGGACGAAGCAGUGAUGACUCUUCGGCUUCCUCCCCUUCCACCUUCCCAUGGGCCAUAGGCAGAUGAUGCCCGCAGAGUGAAGCGGGGCAGCCACUUUGCAGCCAAAAGGCGUAAACUUGCUGAAGGUUCUUGCAUGCAGUGAGGAUUCUCAUUCAUCUUGGGUCAGGUCAAUGUCCCAGGAUCGAUGAGUCGGCUGCAUGCCCUAAGCUUAAGCAUGCAGCCAAGGAAUGCAUGUAUGACUGGCUGCCACACAAUGGGGCUUGUUUGCCGAGACUAAACAGAUUGGCGUGAUGAGCACGCAUUCCCAGAUUUUUAUAUAUUUCUUGAUGAAGGCUGCUGCCGAGUCUGUUUGCGGUGGGGUUUCCCAUCGUGGUGUUAUUUUUUAGGCCAAGGAUUCGUUCACCAUACGUCGCAAUAUAUUGAUACCCAUUGCAACCGGUGCCGCAGCAAUACAUCAGUGGCGGUGAUAUCAACCAGAACUUCUUGAAGCCUUCAAAAGUUUUAUUAGAACAGUCAAAAUGAAUAAAUCACCCGGGCCAAGACUUGAAGUACGGUAUGUGACCAGGGUAACUGGUCAGUCACUAUAGCAUCUACUCUGUGGCAACUUGCAUGGCACCGCUGGUCCACCAUGCAAAUUUUAUCUUGGUUUCGAGGUUUCAAAACAUGGUAGCUUCUUUAACACCUUCACCUAGUAGUAGGAGGAAGUUGUAUUCGGACACGUGGCGGACCCACGUGAGCAGAUCUGGGAAUUUGCGCGGAAAGUACUGGUCGUCCGCAGGGUAGGGCGCUUCAAAUCGACGGUUGUUCGACAAAAUCAAAUUAUUUAUUCCUUGAAAAGCAGCGUUUUGCUCCCUAUUUCUAUCGGCGGGCGGUUUUCUUUCGCAGUGCACUCGGUAUCAAAGUCAAUCUUGCGUUUUGUGUCUUUCUGUGGGAACCAAGAAAUUUCAAACACAAAAGCACGAGACUCUGGCGCAAGGAGAACUUACACAGAAACGUUUUGUUUGCGGUUCAGAGUCACGUUGAGACUGGCACAAGUCCCUGGUGUGUCUGAGGAUCUUCAACAGCCCAAAUGCUAGGGGCUUGUACAUAUAACGGAAUGUCCUAUGCCGAUC